AUGGCGAGAGGCAUGCUGCUUGCGCUCACCAUGGUCUCCGCACUCGCGGUCAUGGCUCCGGCGGCGAGCAUGUCGUCGCUAGAGAGGAUUUACGUUAGCUCGGAGGAUUUUUCUUCGGAGGAUAGCCUGCGUGGCCUGUACGAGCGUUGGUACGCGCUUUACAGGCGCGGCGGCGACCCCGAAGAGAAGGAGAAGCGGUUCUCCAUCUUCAAGGUAGAGGCGCACACAGUGUACGAGCUGAACGAGGCUGGUGCGCGCGUGAAACAUCAUCUGAACUGGUUCGCGGACAUGACCCAAGGAGAGUACGAUGACUCGUUCGCAAGCUGCUCGCACCGCAAGACCCCACACCGCGACGAGAUGAAGCUCAACCGUCAGCAGCCCAGCCAGUAUUACGCCGACAAGCUGCCGGUCACCGUGGACUGGCGGACCGUGGAGGGCGUUCUCACCAGAGUGAAGCACCAGGGGGAAUGCGGAAGCUGCUGGGCAAUUGCUGCCACCGAUGCUAUGGAGAGCGUCCACUUCCUCGAGAACAAGAAGCGCACCAACCUCUCCGCUCAGGAACUGGUUGACUGCAACUUCCAUAAUGAUGGAUGCAAAGGCGGCACGGCUGUCAAUGCUUUCAUUUACGUCAUCAAUUACGGCAUUCAUUCCUCAGAGCAGUUUCCAUAUGUGGGAAGGCGGACGGACUGCGUCAUGCCUCCAGUAAAACCUGUCAUGGCAAUCAGGAAUUAUUACCAUUUGCAUCCACGUAACGAGAAGAUGCUCAUGGAAACGGUGGCCAAAAGGCCCGUCGUGGUCUUGGUUGUCGGCGCCAACACCACAACCUUUAAGCACUACAGCGGUGGCAUCUUCAGAGGGCCCUGUGGCAUCGACAGAAAGCACGAAGCCUUGCUCGUGGGCUACGGCACGACACCAAGUGACGAUUCCAAUGAUCCUGGCGUCAAGUAUUGGGUGCUGAGGAACUCAUGGGGGGAGUCGUGGGGAGAGAAUGGAUACAUGCGCCUUGAGCGCGGUAAUGAGGCUGACGGUGGCCUCUGCGGCAUUAUGGAGGAGCCAGUGUACCCUGCACAUCCAUAUGCGAGAUAG